ACAAAAAAGAAAAAGAAAAGCCGUAAAAAAGGUCAAAAAAUUGAUAUAACUGAUUCUCUCUCCCUCUCCCUCUUCCUCUCUCUCUCUCCCUGUCUUAAAAGUUGCAUUUUAUGCUCGUUUGUUAGAGUGGAAUUCGACUUGUGUUAAUCACGAUCUGUCAGCACAGCGCACUGUCUAUUCUUGAAUUGCAAUAGUUUCGUGGUUUGGUGCUUUGUGAUUCAGACCCCAGACAAAGCCUCUGCAACCUCUUCCUCAAGCUUUGCAAUUGCUGUCAUUAAUCAGACGAUCAAUGGCACUGGUUACAACUGCUGAAGUUUGUGAUGCAAACCCACAACUAAUUUCAGGUGGCGAGCUCCGGGCACUCCAGCCAAAUUUUCAAAUCUAUGGCCGUCGUCAAGUCUUCUCUGGACCAAUAGUUACCCUCAAGGUAUUUGAAGACAAUGUUUUGGUUCGUGAGUUUCUUGAGGAGAAGGGUGAUGGCCGAGUUCUUGUUGUGGAUGGGGGUGGAAGUCUGCGGUGUGCAAUACUGGGGGGCAAUCCUGUUGUACAAGCUCAGAAUAAUGGAUGGGCAGGAAUAGUUGUGAAUGGCUGUGUAAGAGAUGUUGAUGAGAUCAAUGGUUGUGACAUUGGGGUCAGGGCUCUGGCCUCCCACCCAAUGAAAGCCAAUAAGAAAGGUAUGGGAGAAAAGCACGUUCCAAUUAGCAUUGCCGGGACAAGGAUCUCUGAUGGGGAAUGGCUUUAUGCAGAUACUGAUGGAAUUCUGAUUUCCCGAACUGAGUUAUCUGUCUAAAGCGUAUUCUCUUUGAAAGAUACUUUCGGCAGGAUGAUAAUCAAGUUAGGUAAGUUCUGCUGUAUUGCUUGUUUCUGUAUUCUGUUAUGGAGCUCAGUUCUGAACUGUUGGUGAAACUGUGAGGUGAUUACCGACAUUAAUCGAAGUCUAUUGAUGUCUUUGUCAUUUUAGAUCAA